GACUACUGCGGAUGUUUCUGAAAAACAUUUUUAUAAGGUUUCAUGUCAAUUAAGCCACUAGAAAAUCAAUAAUAAACAAUUCAGUCUUUUUAUCUGCCAGUACCCUGUAUAAAAUCUUGUCCCAUGGAAAUUCCCAAAUGCUCUUGGGAUUAAUUUUCAAAAGGGGGGGUAUAUACAGCAAGGACAGAUCAAGUACACUUUUCUUAACAGUCAAAAGUUAUGUCACCUUUCCAUUUAAUUUGGGUUGUCAGUUUUAUCUAAGUACUUUUAGAUCUUUUCCAAAAAUGGUGUUCACAUCAAUUUACGACAAUGAGGAGAGUAAAAUGCCAUACACUCCAGAUGUGCUUCCUCAGCAGAUGCAGGCGGCAGAUGCCAAAACAGAGCUGGACCACACUUGUGCUCUGGACAUUUUAUCCAGAGCUUCUUAUGUAAGGUUGACAGGAAUUAUUUGUACUAUUGGACCUGCCUCAAAGGAGCCUGAAUUCUUGGAAAAAAUGAUGGAAACGGGCAUGAAUACCGCUCGUUUGAAUUUCUCUCAUGGUUCACAUGAAUACCACGCAGAGACCAUAAAGAAUGUUCGUACUGCUGUUGAAAGCUACAGCAAAAAAAUAGGCAUGCCAUUCCCUCUUGCUAUCGCCCUAGACACCAAAGGCCCAGAAAUCCGUACAGGACUUCUUGAAGGUGGUGGCUCCGCUGAAGUUGUCUUGAAGAAAGGCGAAACCAUCAAGUUGACCACAGACAAGGCUUAUGAAGAGAAAGGAAAUGCCAGCUGUGUAUUUGUUGAUUACGAAAACAUAACAAAAGUUUUGAAACCAGGCAAUAGAGUCUAUGUUGAUGAUGGAUUGAUGUCUCUGGUUGUUAACAAUAUUCAAGGUUCAUUUUUGACGUGUACAAUUGAGAAUGGUGGUAAAUUGGGAAGUCGCAAGGGCAUCAACUUGCCUGGAGUGCCCGUCGAUCUACCUGCUGUCUCAGAAAAGGAUAAGGGGGAUUUGCAAUUCGCCGUUGAACAAGGUUUGGACAUGGUCUUCGCCUCCUUCAUCAGAGAUGCCCAUGCUUUAACAGAGAUCAGGAAUAUCCUUGGCGAGAAGGGAAAGAAGAUUAUGAUUAUCUCUAAAAUCGAGAAUCAGCAAGGCAUGAAGAACAUUGAUGAGAUCAUUGCAGCUUCUGAUGGUAUUAUGAUUGCCAGAGGAGAUUUAGGUAUCGAAAUCCCAACUGAAAAAGUCUUUCUUGCACAAAAGUCCAUCAUUGCCAAAUGUAACAAACAGGGUAAACCAGUAGUGUGCGCAACACAAAUGCUGGAAUCUAUGACAUACAAACCAAGGCCAACUAGGGCGGAGAGCUCAGACGUAGCCAAUGCUGUAUUAGAUGGUGCCGAUUGCGUUAUGUUGUCUGGUGAAACAGCCAAGGGAGAGUAUCCCCUUGAGUGUGUACGAACGAUGGCUGACAUCUGCAAAGAAGCUGAAGCUGCAAUUUGGCAAAGAAGGCUCUUCAGUGACCUUUCUAACAAGGCUGUACCUCCAAUUGAUGCAGCUCACACUGUGGCCAUUGCUGCUGUGGAGGCAUCUGCUAAGUGUCUGGCUGCAGCUAUAAUUGUGAUAACUACAACUGGAAGAUCUGCUCAUCUUCUUUCCAAAUACAGACCCAGAUGUCCUAUUAUUGCCGUCACAAGAAAUUCUUUGACUGCAAGACAGUGUCAUGUGUACAGGGCAAUCUUGCCAAUUAUCUAUGAAGAGGAAAGAGUAGAGGAUUGGCUUAAAGAUGUGGAUCUUCGUGUAGGCGCUGGCAUCAACUUCGGAAAAGCCAAAGGUUUUAUCAAGUCGGGUGAUCCAAUUAUUAUAAUCACUGGAUGGAAACAAGGUUCAGGUUUCACCAACACUAUGAGAGUUGUGUAUGUAUCAGAAACUGAAUGCCAUUGUAAAUAAAUUGCAUAAAAUAUCAAUGCUAAACAACCCAAAGGUAACAUGGUUAGGAUGUGGUGUUUUUAUUUAUUUAACAUAAAAUAUAUAGUAUAUCUGGAAAUGAAGGUACUCAGCAUUAAUAAACCUUUUUGCUACAUUGACUUGGCGGUUAUACUAAAUUGCAUGUUGUAUUGCGUUCAAUAUAUAAAAUUUUAUAAUGGGAAUGGUAGCAAAUGGGCUUAGUAAUGGGACAUCAUCUCAUUCUUGUACUGUGUUAAGUCUUUUAUGCCUGUUUAUAGAUAUUUUGCUUCCUUGGUAUGAAAACGCUUAAUCUUGGUAUGUUGGUUAUAUUUUGUUAUACUAAAUUUUUUUUUUUUCUUAUUUUUGUUUUUUCUAUUUUACAGUAAUGUUUCGUAGACUGUCUCCAGGGAACUUUUCCUUAUUGUACUACAUUCUACCAGUAGUAUAUUUAGGUUAUAUAAAAGUAAUUUAUUACCAAUAUGAAGUAGUAUAUAUUUUUGUCCGUAAAACCAAAUAAUAAAAUGAGUAUAUCGAAUACA